UUUUCCCUAGCAACAGGUGAUUGCCACGGGGUCGCUGAACAGCCAGUGUGACUCCCACUGUAGCAGCCAUUUCCCCCGUUACUGCCAUCAACCUGCAGGAGCUCCUCACAACUUAUGGGGAUUUUUGCCUCAUGAUCCGUGGUUAGCUGGUCGUUAGUGGCCCACUGUGUAACUUGGGUCUUAGCGCUUGUACUGUUUAUUGGGUCGUACCUGAGUCAUGUGACUUAAAAUGACGUAAGUCACAUGACUUCAUCACCUGGAGAACCCACCUUUCCGUGUUAGCUUGGAAGCUAAAUACGGAAAUGGCUCCUCGAACAUUUGCUCCGCUUUGCUCCAUUUCACUGUUGGUCGGUGUCUUCGUGUUUGUCUCAGCAGAUCAGAAAAUCAUUCCAGCUGAGUCUGGACAGAAAAACGUCACUCUGCCAUGUCGAGCUCCAAAUAACAACAUUAUCAUAGUUAUAGAGUGGAGCAGAGCUGACCUGGGAGAGAAAUAUGUGCUCCUGUUCCGGGAUAAGCAGCUUAACCCAGAUCAACAGCAUCCAUCAUUUAAGAACCGGGUGGAUCUGCGGGACAGACAGAUGAAGGAUGGAGACGCGUCUUUGAUUCUGAAGGAUGUGACGACUAAUGAUACUGGAACAUAUGAGUGUCGUGUCGUCCAGGGAGGAGCAAAGCGCAGGAAGAGAGCAAUUUUAGAUGACAAGCCUGUCAGCAUCAUCUACCUCAGAGUUGAUCCUCCAGGUCAGACAGGAGGACAUGGUGAGCCUGGAUACAGCAGACAUUUUGGAGUGAUAGCAGCGUCAGGUUUUGUUUUAGUUCUUUUUGUUGCUGUUGUUUUGUUGAUCAACAAACGAUAUAAACAACAGAUUCAGGAAUCACACUGUCCUCACUCUGAACCACAGAUUCAAAUGUCUAAGAACUCUAAACAGCUGAAUUCUGAAUCUCGUGCUGAUGAACACAGAGACAAAAAUGAUCUGAAAACGGACAACGGUCUCCAACACUCCACAAGGAGUGAUGUCACUCUGACAGCUGAGGAUGAACUGCUUCACCAUCCUCAGCAAACAGCAGGACAGCGUCCAUAGAUAGGAGACACAGAGGAUGGAUCUGUUGGACUGAUUAUUGGUCUGACUGUUUCUGCUGUGCUUCUUGUUGAUGUUGUUGGUUUUUUGAUCUACAGAAAACAUAAACAACUUCAUACCAGGCUCCUGUUGAACUUCAGCUUGUUUGAAAUGUCAGCUUAACUGUGAUUCUGGCGUUGUUGUUUUCAGUCUUCCAGGAUAAGCAGCUUAACCCAGAUCAACAGCAUUAGUCUUGUCACAGAAAAUGUGGAAAGACAGAAAUCAAUAACACUAAAUAUCUAUCAGGUACAUGUCAGACACAUCCAGAUUUUAGGUUGAAUUUGCAUUUUAUAUCUAAUCAGUUAAUAUCUGUCUGAUAGCAUUCAGGAUCAAUUCAUCACAAGUUACUUGUUUGACUCGUUUUUAAGUUUAAGUUCAUUAAAAUGAAACCAAAACAUUUCGUUGUAGCUGCAGAGUCCGACAUUUUCUCCCUUUGACCUGGAAUGAUUCAGGCAGUGGGAAGCAUACGCUUUAUUGAACUUUACCUUCCAUGAAGGCGACUCUUCAGUCUGUUACUGUCUAAUUGUUACUUCAUAUUAAAUAUUCCAGGAGGUUUUCACAUAUUGGUCCUUCGUUUCUUUUGUUUUUUUUAAUGCUAAUGGGUGUGGGUUGUUUGUUGUCUGUUUGUUUUUUAUCAAACUGUGACUGUAAAUAAUUUUAAUCAGAAGCUCUCUGACUACCUGAACAUUGAUGGAAAUUUUAUUGCACCUUGAAUCAAUCAAAAAUAAAUAUAAACGUGUGUAAACUAU